GAAGUAAGCCGGGUUCGUAACAAAGUAAUUAAUCGCUUUUUGGUGCUUGAAACCAUCUCUUCAUCUCCGGUUCACACACGUCACUGGACCAACUCUGAAACUCGCAGCAAUGGCGUCUAUGGCAUCAUCAUCACCAAGCAUCUAUAAGCAUUUGUACAACAACAAUAGCUCAAUUCACCCAAAAGGUAAAUUAAAUGUCAUAAAAAGUAGAAUCAAUUGGUCUCGUCGGUUCAUAUCAUCUUCGAAGAACAAUAACUCCGACGACCAACAAGAACAAGUAACCCGAAGGGAGGUUAUAUUGAGGAGCAGCGAAAUUGCAGUUCUUGGUGCUAUCUUUCACUUUAGUGGAAAUAAACCCAAUUAUCUUGGCGUGCAGAAGAAUCCUCCUGCUUUAGCUUUAUGCCCUGCAACUAACAAUUGCAUUUCAACUUCUGAGAAUAUCAGUGACCUUGUCCACUAUGCACCACCUUGGAAUUAUAAUCCAAAGGAAGGGCGUGGAAGCAAGAAACCUGUGAGCAAAGAAGUGGCAAUGGAGGAGCUUGUAGAUGUGUUAAAAUCAACAAAACCUGACAACUUCACACCAAGGGUAGUAGAGAAGAAAGAUGAUUAUAUAAGAGUGGAGUAUGAAAGCCCGAUUUUAGGGUUUGUGGAUGAUGUUGAGUUUUGGUUUCCUCCUGGGAAGAAACCAGUUGUACAAUAUCGAUCAGCUUCACGUUUCGGAUUUGGUUCUGAUGCCAACAAAAAGAGAGUCAAGGCAUUGAGAUUGGCUUUAGAGAAAAAGGGAUGGGCUUCUGAAGAUGACUUUUAAUAAGGCUUCAGUUGCUGAUCAUGUGCUUCACUGCAACCAAGCUCACUAAAAACAUGAAGAUGUUAACAUUGAACUUGAUCAUGUGGAGUUCCCUUAUUUUGAUUUUAUAGUUUUGUUUUCAAAUAAUAACAUUUAAGGACUUUUUGCUGUUAGAUUAUGUAGAUUGAAAAAUGAGGGCUUGUUUUCGUAUCUCAUGUUUCACCCAAACUAUAUUUUGUUAAAAAAAAAAUACAAUGCUUCCAGUCAAA